AUGGGCUCCGAGGGAUCCGCGCCGGUCGUCGUUCCCAGAAACUUCAGACUUUUGGAAGAACUUGAGAGAGGUGAGAAGGGCAUUGGUGAUGGAACUGUGAGCUAUGGGAUGGAUGAUGCCGAUGACAUAUAUAUGCGCUCCUGGACAGGAACUAUUAUUGGUCCACCCAAUACUGUUCACGAGGGACGAAUCUAUCAAUUGAAGUUGUUCUGUGAUACAGAUUAUCCAGACAAACCACCGACUGUCCGGUUCCAGGCUAGGGUCAAUAUGACAUGUGUGAAUCAAGAAACUGGAAUGGUUGAUCCAAGACGAUUUCCUAUGCUUGGAAACUGGAAAAGGGAACAUACAAUGGAAGACAUCCUCAUCAGCCUUAAAAAGGAGAUGUCAACCCCUCAGAACCGCAGGCUCCACCAGCCUCAUGAAGGCAACGAUGAUCAGAGAGUGGAGCAGAAAGGGCUAGCAGCUAGAUGUGUCGUUAUGUAA